GAGAGAGAGAGAGAGAGAGAGAGGUUGGUGGAGAUGGCCCAAUCCAAUUCCCAUCCCCACUCCAUGGAGUCCACCACUCACCUCGAGAAGAGCAACAGCAACAGCAACAACAAUGGCGCUUCUUCAUCGUCUUCUUCGUCGUCCUCGCGCCCUCUCCUCCACGUCGUGGCCAUCCCCUUCCCCGGGCGCGGCCACAUCCACCCCAUGCUCGCCCUCGCCCGCCGCCUCGCCUCCCGCGGCCUCCUCGUCACCCUCCUCCUCACCCCCGAGUGGCUCCGCCUCCUCUCCCCCACCACCACCACCACCACCACAAACCCUAACCCUAACCCCAACCCCAACCCCAACCCCUCCUCCAUUAAUGGCGACGAGGGGCUGCUCCGGCUCCGCGCGAUCCGGGGCGUGGCGCUGCCCUCGGAGCGCGCGCGGGGCGCGGCGUACGCGGCGUUCGCGCGCGCCGUGCUCGCCGACAUGGCGGCGCCGGCGGAGGCGGCGGCCGCGGCGGCGGGGGUCGAGGGGCCCGCCGUCGAUCUCGUCGUCGCCGACGCCCUCCUCCCCUGGGCCCCGGCGAUCGCCCGCCGCCGGGGCGUCCCCGCCGCCGCCCUCUUCCCCCAGAGCGCCUCCGUGCUCCGCGCCCUCCUUGCCCUCGGAGACGGAGACGGAGACGGAGAUGGAGAUGCAACGCACAAUUUGUGUGAUCAGGAAGAGAGGCUGCAAGCACUGAAGUACAACCCCAGGGGCUCAUCCCCUCACCUCCCAGACUUCACCACCCUGUGCUUUGGCCAAAGCAUGCACACCACCUUCCUCAACAUCAUCUCAUGGCUCCCCACUGCCCACUCCCUCCUCCUCAACUCCCUCCAUGACCUUGAGCCCCAUGCCCUUGCCUCCCUCUCCUCCAUACUCCCCCUCCCCCUCCACCCCAUUGCCCCCUCCUUCCCCCACCUCCCCACCAACACCACCACCAACAACAACUAUGAUGCAUCCCCACAACCCCACUACUUCCAAUGGCUCAGCUCCCACCCACCGAACUCCAUCCUCUAUGUCUCACUGGGCAGCUUCCUCCCCCUCUCAAAGCAAGAGGUCAAGGAGCUUGCCCUAGGGCUGAAGUUGAGUGGCCACCCUUUCUUGUGGUCCAUGCGCACGGAGGAGGAAGAUGAUGAUGUUGGUGGUGUUGCUGGUGUUGGAGAGAAGGGGAUGGUGGUGCCGUGGUGCGAGCAGUCGAGAGUGCUCUGCCACCCUUCGGUCGGGGGCUUCCUGACGCACUGCGGGUGGAACUCGACGCUGGAGGGGCUCUACGCGGGCGUGCCGAUGCUCACCUAUCCUUUGGUGUGGGAUCAAUACCCCAAUAGCAAGAUGGUGGUGGAUGAGUGGGGAGUUGGCUUGAGAGUUAAAGAAGAUGAUGGUGGUGGUGUUAGGGGGGAGGUGGUAGCUGAGCUUGUGAGGAAGGUGAUGGACUUGGAGGAUGGUGAGAGCAAGGAGAUGAGGAGGAGAGCAAGGGAGCUCAAGGAGAUGUGCCAUAGGGCUUUGGAGGAGGAGGAGGAGGGGUCUUCAAUGAGGAGCAUUGAUGCUUUUGUAAAUGAUAUUGUAAUGCAUUGUAAGGGUGGCAAAAGAGGAUAGUAAAUGGAUUAUGUGAGAUUCUUUUUUCUUUUUUUGAAGUUGGUAAGGAUGAUGAUUUCCUUUAUUAUUCAUCCAUCAUAUGGCAGGUAUGGUAAAACAGGAAUUAAAGGAGAUUUAUAAUGAAUAAAUAUCCUUAAUUAUCUCACAAA